GAUCUGCUUACUUGCUUGCCUGCCAGUGUGCCUGCAGGCAUUGAUCGGCCAGUGUCCCGAGAAUUGACUGACGAACUCCAUCUCUUUCUUUCUUUCUAAUAUUUUGCUGUCGCUGUCGCAUUUCCACGGCAUUCCCACCGCAGCCGCUCUACACGCCCUCGCCCUUCAAGACCCGCGCCAGUCCGCUAUAGGGAGUUCCGCUUCGACACUUCAAGAUGGGUAUCAACAACCCUCUUCCGUCGUCACUUUCGUCGGAAUGUAAGAAGUGCGGUAAAAUCCUCGCGUCCUUCAUCGAGCCCAAACAAGCCUUUGGUCCCGACAAGGUGAUACCGCCAUCUGUGCUCGCGAAUGCCAAGGGUCUUGCUAUACUCACCGUCAUCAAAGCUGGUUUCCUCGGAUCUGCCCGUUUCGGUAGCGGUCUGGUAGUCGCCCGCCUCCCCGACGGCAGCUGGUCUGCACCCACCGCCAUUGCUACGGGUGGUGCCGGCUUCGGCGGUCAGAUCGGUUUCGAGCUUACAGAUUUCGUCUUCAUUCUCAACGACGCGAGCGCCGUAAAAACCUUCGCCCAGGCUGGGUCACUUACACUUGGUGGUAACGUUUCGGUCGCGGCCGGGCCUGUCGGUAGAAAUGCCGAGGCCGCCGGAGCCGCUUCGCUGAGAAGCGUAGCGGGCAUCUUCAGUUAUUCCAAGACCAAGGGCUUGUUUGCUGGCGUGUCUCUCGAAGGUUCUAUGAUAAUCGAGCGAAAAGACGCCAAUGCAAAGCUCUAUGGUCGUCAGGUUUCCGCCAAGGAGCUCCUUUCGGGAGCCGAGCGCCCCCCGCCGCAAGCCGCUCCUCUCCUCAGCAUACUCAACUCACGGAUUUUUGCUGGCAUGUCCUCGGGGUCUUUCGAUGACCGGAUGUAUAACGACCAGCCCGUCUACGACAACACCCAUGACAGCGUGGUAUGGGGCGACAGGACAGGGAAUGCCUACGGCGAGGGCCAAACUCGCGAUUCCGGUUAUGGGGCAUCGGGUGGAUCGGGAGGACAAGCACACGACGAGUUUGGCCGACCCAAGCGCGCGUCCACGUGGCAGGAUGAUGUGUACGACCAGCAGCCUCGUGGCUUCUCGAAUAACAGGGCAUCCGUACAGUACGGCCGGAAUGACACCAAUGGAGGUGGAUUCGGCGGUGGUUACGGCGCGGCAGCGGCCCAGCAGGCGGCCGCCGACAAGAAGGUUGGCCCGGGGCGGCCGGCUGCACCGAAGCCGAACUACGCGAGCAAACAAGCCUUGAUGAAGAAGAACGAGGCUGUCGCUCUUUACACGUUCAAUGCGGACCAACCUGGAGACUUGGGCUUCCAAAAGGGCGAGAUCAUCACUAUCCUCAAAAAAACCGACAGCGACAAUGACUGGUGGACUGGCAUGAUCGGCACAAGACAUGGCACAUUUCCCAGCAACUACGUUAAGAUGAUCGAGUAAAGAAAAAGUGGAUAUACCUAAGCAGCGAGGUUACGACAGGCGAUCUACGAUGACGACUCCUUCUGAGCUCCUGAACGCAGCCGCGUGCACAAGCAUAUGAAGAGGACCACAGCAUAAGCCACAUGAGCGUACUAGCCCUACUUGGGCAAACCAGGGUUGCUACGUUC